UUUACUGAUUUGUCAAUAAUGGAACGUUGGUUGAAUCGCAUUGCUGUGGUAACGGGCGCAAGUUCUGGCAUUGGUGCCGCAUGUUGCAAGGACCUAGUGUCCAAGGGCAUGAUCGUUGUGGGCUUGGCCCGACGCGAGGAUCGUUUAAAGGAGUUCAAGGAUGAGCUGCCAGCUGAGCAGGCCUCUCGCUUUCAUUACUACAAAUGCGAUGUGAGCGAUGAGAAGCAAGUGAAGGCGACAUUUGUCACCAUUGAGAAAGAGCUCGGCGGUGUCGAUGUGUUGGUCAACAAUGCGGGCAUUGGGCGACACACAUCGAUCACCCAGGAGGGCAACAGCGCCGAUCUUCGUGCCGUGAUCGAUACGAAUUUGUUCGGCACCGUUUGGUGCAUACGCGAAGUAUUCCUCUCGCUGCAGCGCCGACAUAUUGAUGACGGACAUGUGCUCAUCAUCAACAGCAUUGCCGGACAUCGUAUACCCAUUAUGCGUGGCUAUAAUAUCAACAUGUAUGCGUCUAGUAAAUAUGGUUUAACAGCUCUGACCGAGGUGCUGCGUCAAGAGUUUCACCUGAAGGGCACCAAGACAAAGAUUACAAGCAUUAGUCCUGGCGCCACAAACACCGAAAUGAUUGACCCCAAAAUUGUGGCCGCCUUGAAAACUGAGUUUCCUAUGCUGCGCGCCGAGGAUGUGGCCGAUGCAGUCAGUUAUUGCAUUUCCACACCGCCAAAUGUGCAAAUUCAUGAGCUCAUGAUCCAACCAGUGGGACAAAUGCUCUAAGCUCGAAGCAACUUUUAGGGAAUCGUUCUAGGAAAAAGUGAUUCAUUCUAGUCAAGUUCA